AUGAAGUUUUAUCAAGUAUUGGCAUUUGCCAUGGAGUUAGGCGUCGUGUCUGCAUCACCCAUUGAUUGUUCCAGGAGUUCAAGUUGCUGCGAAAAUAAGCGAGCGCGGCCUUGAAACUCGAGCUCCACCAGAUGUGGGGUUCUUCGACCAAACCGGAGAUCGACCAAAUCUCGACAUAAUUCCGACCAAUUUUCUAGAGGCUGGAAAUCUCGACAGAAAGUGGGCCAUACCGAUAUGUAGAGAGGUCACGAAAUUCGAUCCUCACCAGACUGAUAAAUCGGGCACAUUCAACUACAACAUCCAAGGCACCCACAAAAAAGGACUCACUCUCAUCCAUGAGAAGAAAUACUUGCAUCUCAUUGUUACCUUCACUUGCGCCGAUCCAGAGGUUCUGCCAAACUAUAAUUUGAUGGACCUUUGCACAAAUGCCAUUCAUCAAGCCGCCCAAACAACACACGAACUCAAAUACGGGUUUCUCGAUAAGCAGACUGUUUAUUCUGUCGUUGCCAACCACGAAAUUAGGAUCCAAUCAACUGAACCAAAAAAUCAACCACAUAAACGCAGUUACUUUGGCAAACCCUUCGGAUUUAUAAACAUUCAAAAAUUCGAUGAGCCCAAAAAACGCAGCACUUUCGGUAGUCCAUUUGGGGUGAUUAACCUUCAAAUUGGCGAUGAGGCGAAAAAUGUCGCUCUUUUCAAUAUCAAUGGCCUUCCAGGGAAGAAAUAG